UUUUAGUUCGUGGCGUGUCCACUAUCGCUCAUAUCGCUGUAUCGUGUCGCCGUGUGUGUGUGUUGACGAUUCUGUUCUCCGGAAAAUUCGCUGUCAUUCAAUGAAAUUCAGCAAGAUGAACAUCACUUCAGCAGGUGGCAUAAUCUCCUUGUUGGAGGAGCCAAUGCCUGAAUUGAAGGUCUUUGCCUUGAAAAAGUUGGACAUGAUAGUCGAUGAAUUCUGGCCUGAGAUUUCAGAGGCCAUAGAGAAGAUUGAGAUUCUCCAUGAAGAUAAAUCGUUUCAACAACAUGAGCUGGCUGCUUUAGUUGCCAGUAAGGUAUAUUACCAUUUGGGAAGCUUUGAAGAUUCGCUGACUUAUGCUCUUGGAGCAGGAGAAUUAUUUGAUGUCAAUGCUCGAAAUGAAUAUGUCGAUACUACUAUUGCCAAGUGUAUUGAUUAUUACACUCAACAACGUGUCUUGGAGGCGGAAGGAAAACUUCCACCUGGCAGCAAAGGCAUUGAUCCCAGACUAGAAGGAAUAGUAAAUCGAAUGUUCCAACGUUGCCUGGAUGACAAUCAAUAUCGUCAGGCUCUAGGUCUUGCCCUAGAGACACGCAGGAUGGAUAUAUUUGAAGCAGCUAUCAUGCAAUCGGACGAUGUGAGUGGAAUGCUAUCAUAUGCUUUUCAAGUGGCUAUGAGCUUGAUUCAGAAUCGUGGAUUUCGUAAUACCGUACUCCGCUGCUUAGUCAGUCUCUACCGAAACCUCGGUACUCCUGAUUACGUCAACAUGUGUCAGUGUCUGAUCUUCCUGGACGAUCCGCUGGCUGUGGCCGAGCUUCUAGAUCGAUUAAGCAAGGGUUCGCAUGACUGCGUACUGAUGGCCUAUCAGAUUGCCUUCGACCUGUACGAAUCCGCGACUCAACAGUUUCUCGGUCGCGUUCUACAGGCUUUGCGAGCCACUGCGCCCAUUCCGGGUGCGCUGGUCGUUAAACCAGUAGUCAAACCAUCUGCUGCCACCACUGCUAAAACCACUGAAGCUACCACAGAAUCUGCGAAUAUGGAAGUUGAUGAAGAAACAACUGCUCCUGCUGGAGAAGAAAAAGCUCAACGCAGCAUCGAUAGUUUAAAUGCAGAGGAAAGAGAACAGCAAGAGCGUGUAGAUGCACUAUCCAGCAUUCUGAGUGGCGAAGUAUCUAUCGAUUUGCAUUUGCAGUUCCUGAUUCGCAGUAAUCAUACCGAUAUGCUGAUUCUAAAGAAUACCAAGGAUGCCAUACGAGUCUCAAUUUGUCACACUGCCACUGUUAUUGCGAAUGCUUUUAUGCAUUCCGGGACGACAAGCGAUCAAUUCUUGAGGGAUAAUUUAGAAUGGUUAGCUCGUGCCACUAAUUGGGCAAAACUAACUGCGACGGCUUCUUUGGGAGUUAUUCAUCGGGGCCAUGAGCAAGAAGCUUUAGCUCUGAUGCAGUCUUAUUUGCCGAGAGAUUCUGGUGCCGCUGGUGCCGGAUACUCCGAAGGCGGUGGUUUAUAUGCUUUGGGACUUAUACAUGCUAAUCACGGAGCCGCUAUCACAGAUUACCUUCUAGGCCAAUUAAAAGAUGCCCAAAAUGAGAUGGUCCGCCAUGGUGGUUGUCUCGGUCUUGGGUUAGCCGCGAUGGGUUCGCAUAGACAGGACGUUUACGAACAACUAAAAUUCAAUUUAUAUCAAGAUGAUGCCGUAACUGGUGAAGCGGCUGGAAUCGCUAUGGGAAUGGUUAUGCUGGGAUCCAAAUCGACGCAAGCGAUCGAAGAUAUGGUUGCGUAUGCCCAAGAGACGCAGCACGAGAAGAUCUUGCGUGGCCUGGCGGUCGGCAUCGCCUUCACGAUGUACGGCCGUCUCGAGGAGGCCGAUCCCCUGGUGACGUCUUUGUGCGCCGACAAGGAUCCGAUCUUGCGUAGGAGCGGCAUGUACACCCUGGCGAUGGCCUAUUGCGGCACCGGAAACAACCAGGCCAUCCGCAAACUUCUGCAUGUUGCCGUUUCUGAUGUUAACGAUGACGUUCGACGAGCUGCGGUUACGGGUCUGGGCUUCCUGCUGUUCCGGACUCCGGAGCAGUGUCCUAGUGUUGUGUCCCUCUUAGCGGAAAGCUAUAAUCCUCAUGUGAGGUACGGCGCGGCGAUGGCUUUGGGCAUCGCUUGCGCGGGCACCGGCUUGAAGGAAGCUAUCGCUCUGUUGGACCCAAUGACUAAUGAUCCUGUGAAUUUCGUCAGGCAAGGUGCGCUGAUUGCAUCUGCCAUGAUUCUGAUCCAGCAGACGGAAUCCACGUGUGCCCGUGUGAAAGAUUUUAGGGCAUUAUAUGCUAAAGUUGUCGUGGAUAAACACGAGGACGUGAUGGCAAAGUUCGGUGCAAUCUUAGCGCAAGGAAUCAUCGACGCCGGUGGUCGUAAUGUGACCGUAUCUCUGCAAUCGCGUACGGGACACACGAACAUGUUGGCGGUGGUCGGUGCUCUAGUAUUCACUCAGUACUGGUACUGGUUCCCGUUGGCGCAUUGCUUGGCUUUGGCUUUUACGCCCACAUGUCUAAUCGCUCUCAACGCUCAGUUGAAAAUGCCCAAAUUAGAGAUUAAAUCAAACGCCAGGCCAAGCAUAUAUGCUUAUCCCGCGCCUCUUGAAGAAAAGAAAAGGGAGGAACGAGAGAAGGUCACCACCGCCGUUCUUAGCAUUGCGGCUCGCGCCAGGAGACGCGAGACUGAAAGGAAAGCUAGAGACUCUCACGAGAAGAUGGAAGUGGAUCCACCUUCGGAGACGAAGGAGCUUCACGAAGUAAAGGAAGCUGCAUCAUCGUCUUCGAAGGAGAAAGAUGACAAGAAGAAGGACGAGAAAGAGGCUAAGGAAACCAAGGAAAUUAAAGAAACCAAGGAAAUUAAAGAAACCAAGGAAAGCAAGGAAACCAAGGAGACCAAGGAAACGAAGGAAACCAAGGAGAAGCCUGAGAAAAAGGUAGUUAAAGACGAUGAAAAGGAAAAGAAGGAGCCCGAACCGAGCUUCGAGAUCCUCCAGAAUCCUGCGAGAGUUCUGCGUCAGCAAUUGAAGGUCAUUCAGCUGGUCGAGAGCAGCCAUUACACUUCCGUUAAGGAUAUUCAGAUUGGCGGCAUUGUCAUGGUUAAGCACAUGCAGACAGACACUGAGGAGGAACUCGUCGAACCCGUCGCCGCCUUCGGACCGAAACCAGAAGAAGAGAAGGAAGCCGAACCGCCCGAACCCUUCGAGUAUACCGAGGAUUAAAGACCGGAAACACGCGUCAACCCGUUCCGUCAUCCUGUCGCCUGUCGUUCGUUAUCGUGAUGACAUUGCAAUACUCCCGUUGUGUCGUGACUUCUUGUCAAUAUCCCCGUGUUUCUUUUUUUUAUAUUCGUUUUUCUUCUGCGUGUCUAUUUAAUCAGCGGUAUACUCUGCCAGCUGCAAUAAAGCCGUUGCGUCAGAGCUACUCGUGUUAUUAGUCUCCUACCUUACAAUUCUUUAAUUAAGUUUUCAUGGUCUCCAAGAAUUCAGAAGAUUAAUGAACAGUCAAUUUAGUUAUUUACAAAGCUAUGAAUAGGAAUAUUUAUGAAAUGUGUAUUUAAUAUCUUUUUUAUUCUAUAAAUUGAUUUUUAUUAGCAAAAAUAUAAAAAGAAAGAUCAAAUUACAAUGAAUAUUAUUCUAUACACCCUGCGUAAUAAUUGUAAAUAAAUUGAUGAUGCCCUUUCUAA